AUGAGAGUGAUCAAACACAAGAUAAAAGCCAUCAAAUUUGAUCUAGAAGGUUUGGUUGAACACAGAGAAGAGACUGAGAUCGAGGAGGAGGUCCAAACUCCUCUGGAACAGCUGGAUCCCCAAUUGAACUCCGCAAAGAAAUUUGUUGAAUCUCAAAGGAACGAAUUGAGACAAUCUUAUGAAAGAUUGGCUAUUCUGGAGGCAUUGCUGGACGAUCUGGCCAAGAACUACAAUCCCAAUUUCAACGACCCGGUGGUGAAAGCUGCAGUUCAAGACUUCCAAAAUUACGCUAGUAAUAAUCAAGUUGUUGAGGAAGAGACGGUCCUAAGCCUUUCAAACCCAUCGGAAGAAUUCAACAGGAUCAUAGAAGAGUUUGAGUCUGGUUUGAACUCCAUUGAAGUUGGAACUUCCGCCCAAGAGGAUUCUGCAGAAACCACUGAAUGCUCGAUCAGAAAAGCUUUUAAUCAAAAGUUCGAGAACUUCAUCGAAAAGCUCAUAGCGAGCCCCAAAAGAGAAAAACCUCAAAAAUACACCAGAGGCAAACUGGACUCAGAGAUUGAAGAGAAGGAAAAGGAGAUUGCCAAACUAGAGAAGGAGAGAUCGGAACUGGAAUAUGAUCUGACCGACCCGAAAUAUGGCCCAGACGGAAUAUUAAGGUCGUAUAACGGUCACUGCUUAACGAAGAAGAUUGGUGAUUACGAUUACAAGUUCUGUUUCACUGGGUCCGUAAACCAGAUAGGUGCUGGACAGAGCGUUUUGAUUGGUUCUAUGGAUAAGGUUGAGGUGCAAGAGGACCAUUCAUUGAAGAUAUUCUUUGAACACGGUGCAAGGUGCUGGAAUGGACCGAUUCGUAAGGCUGUUGCUCAUGUUGAAUGCGGAGCCAAGGAUGAUAUUCUGUUCACUUCUGAGCCUGAAAAGUGUGAGUAUUUCUUCAAGGUGGUGAGUCCUAUUGCAUGUAAGGAAAUCCCCAACAGUAAACUGAAAAAAGAUGAAUUGUAA